AUGAGUAAGGCAUUGAGGGGAGUGGAAGGACGGUAUCCACAAAUGGAGAGGUUAGCCUUCGCAUUGAUCACCGCUUCCAGGAAACUAAGGCACUAUUUCCAGGCCCAUGUCAUUAAUGUCAUAACGGAUCAUCCUCUCAAGAAGGCGAUGAACAAACUGGAAGCUGCUGGACAAUUGAUUCAGUGGGCCGUCAAACUCAGUGAAUUUGACAUCAGAUAUCAACCAAAGCAUGCCAUAAAAGCUCAAACAUUAGCAAAUUUCAUUGCGAAAUUUACCCCAAGUCAUGAUGAGACAGAAGGCAGUGACAGAUGGGUCGUCCAUGUGGAUGGAUCAUCUAUAAAGUAUGCAGGUGGAAUUGGUGUGGUUUUACAAUCCCCAGAAGGAGACAAAUUGAGGCAAAAGUUGGUCAUGAGGCAAGUAAAUGGAAUGUACGAAGCAAAGGAGGAACGGAUGAGGAAAUAUCUUAGUAGGGUGAUGCGCCUAAUGAAGAGAUUUGAAAAAGCUGAAUUCGUUCAAAUCCCGAGGGAGGAAAACGUGGAAGCUGAUACUAUAGCGAAAGAAGCCUCAGCAAAUGAAUCUGUGGACAAAUCUGAUGAAAUUCAGUACAUGCCAAGCAUAGAUAUUCCGGAAGUACAACAGGUGGAAAAUAGAGGAAAUUGGAUGACCUCGAUUAUAUCAUACCUGAAAGACGGACAGCUACUAGAAGAGAAAGACGAAGCAAGGAAGCUGAGGGUGAGAUCGGCUAGAUACGUACUUCUGAACGAAGUGUUAUACAAGAGGGGCUUUUCUCAACCUUAUCUUAGGUGCUUGAUUCCGGACGAAGCAAACUACGUACUGAGGGAAGUUCAUGAAGGAGCAUGUGGCAAUCAUUCAGGAGCCAGGUCCCUUGUCUACAAGGUCGUCCGUGCAGGGUAUUACUGGCCGAAUAUGCAAGCUGAUGAUAAAGCGUACGUCAAGGUCUGCGACCAAUGUCAACGAUUUAGCAACGUCCCUAGACAACCGUCAGAGUACCUCACCCCGAUGAUGGCACCGUGGCCCUUCGCGCAAUGGGGACUAGAUAUUUUGGGUCCCUUUCCUCAGGGCAUAAGGCAGAUGAAAUUUCUAGUUGUGGGCAUCGAUUACUUCACAAAAUGGGUGGAAGCUGAACCGUUGGCAACAAUCACACAACAAAAUGUUAAGCAUUUCGUGUGGAAGAACAUUGUGUGUAGAUUCGGAGUACCCAAGGUAUUGGUAUCUGAUAACGGACAACAGUUUGACAACGCACUCUUUAGGGACUUCUGCGCACACUUCGGAAUACGAAUCACUAUUCUUCACCCGCUCAUCCUUAAGCAAAUGGCCAAGCUGAAGUGGACGACGGUGAGAAACCCUACGGGGGAAACUCCUUUCAAGCUAGCUUAUGGAAGCGAAGCAGUCAUACCUGCAGAAGUACAUAUGGUUAAUCACAAGGUGAUGAUGUAUCAAGAUAAGGACAAUGAGGAGCAGCUCCGUCUGAACCUUGACCUAGUAGACGAGGUAAGGGCAGAUGCAGAAUACAGGACAGCAAAGUACAAGAACCUCAUGGCUAGGCAAUAUGAUGCAAUGGAGGAAACUGGAGCACCCUUGGAACGUGGAGCACUUAAGGAGGUACUAUCAGUAAAAGUCAGCCUAGACAGAAGUAUGGCCAUGGACGAGGCUGGACCUUGUCUGCAGACUUAUGAUUCUACUUAUAUUUAA